AUGGAAUACCGGGAGGUGUUUGCGUCAGCGCUCAGACUCGCUGACAGGCUCGUCGCCUCCAAGCAGCGCGAGGCAAAGGUUGCCUCGUGCACACAAGGACAGUACCACCGACUCCCCCAGCAACACCAGCACCAGCCCCAGCCCCAGCAGUCCCGGCUUCCUCCACGAGCACCGCUGGCAACACCACCACCAGGAAAAAAAAGUAUAAAAAAAAGAACCGGAACAGCAAGGUCAGAGGAGCCUCUACCACCCAGGGGACCGGCCCCUCAAGGAGACAAACCCCAGCCAAAGCCAAACCCACGCAGAUUUGCCGGCCGGACCACAACUCCCUCCAACAUGGUAAGACCUGACCGCCACCGCCACCAAUUCAAGGUUAUCUCCACCAAUGUACGUGGUCUCCGAACGAACAUCGGAGACCUAACCCACAACUGUGUACUACGACACGGUGCAGAUGCAGUUGUGGUGACGGAGACCUGGCUGAACGGAGAUGUGGAGCCAUCGUUCGGCAAAAUAGGUGGCUACACUCACUGGGCCAGGAGAGACCGACAGGAUAGAGCUGGAGGCGGAGUGGCUGUCUGCUUCAGGGAGGGAGUGCAGGCACAACAACUCGACGUGGACACGCCGCCUCAGCUGGAGGUGAUGUUCUUCCGGGUUGUGCUGGCCAACCACUCUGCCCUCCUGCUGUGCGCCAUGUACCGCCCUCCCCGGCAGGGGCCUGACUCGCUCCUGUACCUCAAGGAGGCCCUAGAUGUCCUCCUUGUGACUCACUGCUGCCAACACUUUUUGCUUGUGGGCGACCUCAACCACCACUUGGAGCACGACGCCUACGAAAACCUCCUGACAGUGCAGGGCCUGAAGGACCAUGUAACCUUCCCCACUCAUGAGCGGGGCGGGACCCUGGACCCCGUCAUAUCCGACCUGGAGGAGGACACACUCAGCUGCCACCAGCUGGGUCUCGUGGGCAGCUCUGACCACCAUGCUGUCCUGACCCAGGUGGACAUGGGUGUGGCUCGUGACGAGGCCACCACUCGCACAGUCUGGCUAUGGGAUAGGGCAGACUGGGGCUCCCUUCGCCGAGACCUGCGCAGGACUGACUGGCCUUCCAUCCUGCAGGGUGGAGCGGAGGUACAGGCGCGAGCCUUCACUUCCCGCCUCUUGGCGCUCCAGGAGCAACACGUGCCCCGCCGUGAGUUCGUCGCCAGACCAACGGACCAGCCUUGGUUUGGUUACCGCUGCCGCGUUGCCGCCGAGGCGAAGUAUUCUGCGUGGCUCCGCUACAAGCAGAGUCCUACUCGGCGCAACAAAGACCUACAUCGUGCGGCCUGCAAGAGGAUGGUGACGACCUGCCAGUGGGCCGUAGGGAGGUGGGAGGAGGACCUGCGGCGCCAGCUAGGAGGCCCUGGAGUGGGCAACAAGACUUGGUGGUCCCUUGUUAAGGGCAGACAGGGCCUCGACCGUCAAGACACUGUCCCUCCUCUCACAAGGCCCGACGGAACGGUGGCCACCAGCAGCAAGGACAAAGCCCAGCUGCUGGCCACCCUUUUCGCCAGGAAGAUGGAAGUGGACGACCCUGAAAGGUCACCGCCUCUUCUGGAGCAGCAGUGUAGAGAGACUGUAACCAAGGUGGAGGUGACACAGGGGCUUGUCGAGCGUCUGCUGCAGGGGCUCGAUGUACAAAAAGCUACCGGUCCCGACAACAUCAGCCCGCACGUUUUGAAACAAUGUGCCCGCGAGCUGGCUGUACCCCUCACCACAGUCUUCUCUGCCUGCUUAUGGGAAAAUACCUGGCCCUUAGUGUGGAAAGAGGCCCGGGUAGUUCCUGUACACAAGAGGAGCUCCAGGUCUGACCCAAAAAAUUAUCGACCCAUCUCCCUGCUCUCUGUGGUGGGGAAAGUGUUCGAGAGGGUGGUGGCAGAUGUGGACGCCCUUGACGGCGGCCUCGACUCUGUUGUGGUGGCCCUGGAUAUAGCGGGCGCCUUCAACAGGGUCUGGCAUGGGGGCCUUCUGGAAAAGCUGAGGGCAAAGGGGAUCCAGGGUGACCUCCUCCAGCUCCUUGGCGACUACCUCCAAGGAAGGACCCUCCAGGUCGUUGUCAAUGGGCAAGCGUCCGAGUCCUUCCCGGUGAGAGCGUCAGUGCCACAGGGCUCAGUGCUGGGUCCAGUCCUGUGGAACAUCUACGUGGACGAUCUUCUCCGACAGCUGCCGGCGGUCUCAGCUUAUGCUGACGAUUGCACUCUCUCCUGUACCUACCCUCGACACGAAAGUGUGCGUGCUGCUGAAGAGAUCAAUCAGCAGCUUCGGGUGAUACAGGAGUGGGAGGCACGUUGGCAGGUGACCUUUGCUCCGGAGAAGACACAGGCAAUGGUAGUUUCUCGAUCCCCCGCUGCCGAGCCAGCAGUGGAGGGAGGGCUAAGCUUUGGUGGCCUUCCUCUCGAACUCCAGGAGUCCGUCAAGAUUCUUGGGUGCGCCUUCGGGUGA